UUUAGACAAUGGAUGAGAGUUGUGUAAAUAUAAAGCGUCUUGAAGAAGACGAAGAACAGUGCAUAAAUGAAGAUAAGACAGACCGAGAUAAGGCGGAAGAAAAGCUAAUCAGCUCUAAUGAGCAUUCAAGGAAACCAUGGCAACAAUUGCGGUCACGAAUCAGAGAGUGUGUACUGUAUGUGAAGAAGGUUCUGGUGUCUUUUGCUAGCAUGGAGUGGUACUGUUAUGCCCUGUUAGGCAUCAUCACCGCGCUAAUGAGCUUCUUCAUGGAUAUGACUGUAGCCAAGCUGCUGAAUGCUCACCAAUGGCUGUAUGGAUGUCUGAAGGGUCACCACCUGCUGCAGUUCCUCUGCUGGACGCUUUAUCCCGCCUGCCUGUGUGCUCUGUCCACCAGCUUCACCCACAGCAUCUGCCCAUUCUCUGCAGGCUCUGGUGUUCCCGAGGCGAGGGCUAUUCUCUUAGGGAUGGACAUGCCAGAUUACCUGUCCCUCUCCAAUCUGUUCGCUAAACUGUUUGGCCUGAUAUGCACACUAGCUUCAGGCAGCACAGUGUUUCUCGGCAAAGUGGGUCCAUUUGUCCAUUUAUCUAUCAUGGUGGGUGCGUUUAUGAGUCGCCUGCAUGUUUCCUGCCGUGGCGGAAAGCAGAGAGCAGCUAAAGGAGAAAUGCUGGUUGUGGCAUCAGCGGUGGGCGUCGCGAGCUGUUUUGGGGCUCCAGUCAGCGGUGUUCUGUUCAGUAUAGAAUUGAUGGGGACUCACUAUUCAGUCAAAGAUUAUUGUCCCUGCUUCUUUGCAGCGGCUUGCGGCGCAAUCACCUUCAGACUGCUUUCUGUCUGUAGUAGAGAUCAAGAAACCAUUCAGGCCCUGUUUAAAACCAGCUUUUCUUCUGAUCUGCCUUACCAGCCUUUUGAAAUAUUUAUUUUCGCUCUGCUUGGGCUGUUCUGCAGUAUUCUCAGCUGUAUUUAUUUAUUCUGUCAUCGCUGGGCUCUGCGAUUCAUCAAAACAAACAAACCCAUCAGCAGAUUUUUGGCAACAGAAAAGUCACUUUAUUCAGCCAUAGUGGCAUUUCUCCUCGCCUGCUUUACGUUUUAUCACUCGGCAGGAUAUUUCAUAGCUGCUGAGCUCACAAUGAAGCAGCUACUUACUUCACUGUUAGAUGGCACGUCCUGGUACACCGUUUCCCAGAAUGCCUCUGUCCUGCCUGAACCUCAGAAAACAUUCUGGCAGGCAUGGAACCCACCUGGCAGAAGUUACUUCCAAACACUAGGAUUUUUCAUUGCUGCAAAGGUUGGGCUAUUGGUCGUGGCUUGUACUUUGCCUUUACCUGCUGGCUAUUUCAUGCCAGUAUUUGUUUACGGUGCUGCGGUGGGGCGUUUGGUAGGCGAGGGCUCGGCCUAUUUGCUCUCAGAUGGAAUCUCAUCAGCAAAGAUUUUGAUAAACCCGGGCGGCUACGCUUUAGCAGGAGCAGCUGCCUUCUCUGGGGCUGUAACACACACACUCUCUCCUGCCCUAUUGGCUCUGGAAAUGACUGGCCAGUGCUCUCAUGCCGUCCCCGCUCUGGUUGCUACGCUGGUAUCCAAUGCGGUGGCUCGUGCAAAGCACCGUCCAUCUUUCUACGAUGGCAUAUCUCUUAUUAAACAGCUCCCGCACUUGCCAUCUCUCAUACGCGCUUGUCCAAAGCUGGCCAAUGUUCAGAUCAAGCAGUUUGUGAUCCCAGCAGGAGUUGUGCUGGAGAGGACAGAGACACUGGCAAGUCUGCAGCACAUCCUAAACGACAGUGCAGACGGCCAAUUUCCUGUGGUGGACUCUCACGACUCCCCUAUUCUCCUAGGUACAAUCAACAGAUCACAGCUGUGGGAGCGUCUGCAUCAGCAUAGAAAUGAGGGUUUAUGUAAACAGCUAGAAGAAGCAUGUUCUAUUCAACCUGUGCGGCUACAUCUGACUCCUGAAAGCACUGUAAAGCAGGCUCAUUGCAUCAUGAGUGUCACGGGUGAGCAGCGUCUGUUUAUAACGGAGAGUGGGCGGCUGUGUGGCGUCAUCACAUGGAAAGAGAUGAAGAAAAUAAUCGAAGAGAUGGCAAAGGAAGUCUGAUGCAUGGACAAUUAGCUCAGACAUCAGAUAUCACACACCCAGGACAGGCAUCGAUUUGUGCUUACCAUUUUGAUAAUCAUUUCAUCUGCUGGUGAUUUUACUUAGAUGAUUAUGUGGAUAAUUAUUCAUAGUGA